CACUUAUGCAACUGGCCCCCACUCUGCCCCCUCCUCCUAGCAAUGCAGAUAUCACCGUCCGCAGCAUCCUCUUUCCUCAGGGAGGGAUGCGUUUGAUGUCCGAGGUCCCAGGGAGUUAAGGUCCUUGGAACACCCUCCGACAUGGCCCGGUUGCUGUUUUUCGUCUUUAUCACCAUCCAUCCAGGAUCUUGUGUCCUCUGGGUGUCCCAGCCCCCUGAAAUCCGUACCCAGGAGGGGUCCCCCGCCAUCCUGCCCUGUUCCUUCAAUGCCAGCCAAGGGAGUAUGGCCAUUGGUUCUGUCACAUGGUACCGGGACAAAGUGGCCCCAGGGAUGGAAGUGAGGAAUGAGACCGCAGAGUUCCAGGGCCGCCUGGCCCCUCUCCCCUCUUCCCGCUUCCUCUAUGACCACCAGGCUGAGCUGCACAUCCGAGACACCCGAGGCCGUGACGCCGGAGUCUACGUGUGCAGGGUGGAAGUGCUGGGCCUGGGUGUCGGCACAGGGAAUGGGACCCUGCUGGUGGUGGAGGAAGACUCCCAGGACUGUAACUCAGCCUGUCAUCUCCUUCCACCCCAGGCAUCCUGUUGAUUCUGCAAGUCGUCAGUGAUCAUGUACCUUCUAGAUGCCUGCCCAGAUUCACUUUUCCUAAUUAUACUGGGUCCCUGAGAACCAUGAUCCUGGUAUGUGUGGACAUACACCCCCAGCUCCCAAGACAAACUGGGAGUGCUGGUUGGUUUGGGUAACUCUCCUGAUAUUCUGGAGCUGUAUCUAACAGGGCACUUGAUUGACUGAUGAACAACAGGAGAGUCAGAGACAGCCAGACUAGAUCUACAUGAGCACUGCUGAUAGAUCUAAGACAGAAAGUUGAUGACAAGGUGGUGUUGGGAAAGGAGGUGCAGGUAACCCAGGUGGAUUUCCUGCAGGGAGCAGCAUUCUGAUGUUGAGCACAUAAGUAAGUAACGGCAGUAGUCGAAGGCCUUCUGGACAGAGACCUGGAUGAAGGAGAGGGAGAUGGAUGCUGGAGGAUGGCACACCUAGUCCUUGAGGAAGGUGAAGACUGGGGAGCUCACGUGGAAACAAGGACUGGAGAGAAGAUCUGGUGCCUGGACCCAUAAACAUCUGCAUUUCCUUCUCCAAAUUCAGAAACUUUCUGCUACUUCUUUCCCUUCCGCCAUCCACAGUGUUCCCCAUGCAGGACAGUAGGACAAUAUUUUUUUUUAAUGUUUUAUUAAAAUGUUCAAACAGAAAAAAUUUGAAGGAAUUAUACAGUGAACUUAUUCCUACCAUCUAGAUUCUACAAUUAAUAUUCUUCCAUAUAUUUGCUCUAUCACAUAUCAAUCCAUUGCAUUUUUGAUGUUUUUCAAAGUUGCAGACAUCAGUACAUUUUACCUCUAAACACUUUACCAUGCUUAUCAUUGACUCGAGUUCAGUAUUUGUUUCCCCAUUUCUUUUUUAGGGGGUUGGUGAGGAAGGCAAGAUUUACAUACCCUGAAAUGGACAAAUCUGAACUCAGCACUCAGUUCUUAAACUGUCUUGCGGUUAAGGGUAUAGAGCCAGACUACCUGGGUUCAAAUCCUGACUCUGCCACUCCUGUGUGACCUUAUAGAAGUUCUUUAACCUCUCUGUGCCUCAGUUUCCUCUUAGAGUUUUUAUCAGGAUUAAAAGCAUUAUUAUAUAGGACUUCCCUAGCAGUCCAGUGGUUAAGAAUUUGUGCUUCCACUGCAGGGUGCAUGGGUUCCAUCUCUGGUCGGGGAACUAGGAUCCUGCAUGUUGUACAUUGUGGCUCCCCACAAAAAAGCAUUAUUAUAUAUAAAAUGUGUAGAUCAGUGGCAGGCACACACCAAAUGCUGUUUAUAUAUAUUAUAUAAAUACAUAAUAUAUAUAUUAGCUACUUUAUUAUUAUUAUUAUCUGAACAUACAGAGUACCUUUGCCAACAAAGGUCCAUCUAGUCAAACCUAUGGUUUUUCCAGUAGUCAUGUAUGGAUGUGAGAGUUGGACCAUAAAGAAAGCUGAGUGCCAAAG